GAGGAUUUCUCUCAUUUAUUUCAUUGUUUUUGUUAGAGUUCUGUCAGUAUUUCAUUUCGUCCUCCCCUUCCGCUGCCUGCCACCUCUCCCGAAGGAAGCGCCCGUCUUGAUCUCCUCCCAGUCCACCGGCGGCGGCUGCGAGCUCGUGCGGCCGCGACAACGUAGUCAGUCUCGAUUUCGUCUUCCCGAUUCUUGGUUGUCCGAUCGUGGCGAUGGGAGGAAGGUUACGGCGGGGUCCUUAGGGAUUUCUUCACUGGCUCCUUUUUGCGAUGGCUUCAAAGGCUGUUAGUGAAAUAGUCGCCGACAAGCAAUGUAAGAAAAACAUUGCCGAAUCCUCUGAAGCCGUGCUUUCUAGGAGGCAGUCCGGAGAGCAAAUCGAGGGAGUAAGCAAAUCGGGCCCUGCUUCACCAAGAACAAUUACGCCAGUUGAUUUAGCUACAUCCAGUGGAGUGAAAGAGCAACAUAAGGAUAUCAAUUCUGUUGAUGGUUCUGUGAAGUUGGAUGACGAUGGAGAUACCGAGAAAAAUUCAACGCGGGGAAGCGUUAAGGAUAGCUCGGUUUCUGCUAAAUUCAGUGACAGAACAAGUAGUCUGACAAAGGCGUCUGGGAGCACGAAGGUCAGUGGCCAUGCUGAUCUGGUCCAGAGCGGGAAGAGUAGUGUCUAUCGAGCCAGUGCUGGCAGUGAUGUGAGUGAUGACAGCACUUGCAGCAGUAUAUGCAGUAGUGCCAGCAAACCUCACAAGUCGAAUGAUUCAAGAUGGGAAGCGAUUCAGAUGAUACGAACCAAAGAAGGUUCAUUAGGACUGAGUCAUUUCAGACUACUUAAGAGGCUUGGCUGUGGCGACAUUGGCAGUGUUUAUUUAUCAGAGCUUAGUGGCUCAAAAUGCUGCUUCGCUAUGAAGAUUAUGGACAAGGCAUCCCUAGCUGGUCGCAAAAAGCUUCUGAGAGCCCAGACUGAAAGGGAGAUAUUGCAGUGCUUGGACCAUCCUUUUCUUCCAACUUUGUACACUCACUUUGAGACGGAUAAAUUCUCAUGCUUGGUGAUGGAGUUUUGCCCUGGAGGAGACCUGCAUACCCUAAGGCAAAAGCAACCCGGAAAGUAUUUCCCCGAACAAGCUGCCAAGUUUUAUGUAGCAGAGGUACUCCUUGCUCUAGAAUACCUACACAUGCUCGGUAUCAUAUAUCGAGACCUUAAGCCAGAGAAUGUUCUUGUGAGAGAAGAUGGCCACAUCAUGCUGUCUGAUUUUGAUUUGUCCCUUCGUUGUGAUGUGAACCCUACCCUUCUCAAAUCUUCCAACCCUGGUGUAGAUCCUAACCAAAAGGGCAAUCCUGUGUGCAUUGAGCCAGCCUGUAUCCAGCCUUCUUGUGUUACAACAACCACAUGCUUCUCUCCUCGCCUUUUCUCUUCCAAGUCCAAGAGGGAGAAGAAGGAGAAGAAGGCAAAGGCAGACAUUGCAAGUCAGGUCAGGCCUCUCCCUGAGCUUGUUGCAGAGCCCACAGAUGCAAGGUCCAUGUCAUUUGUUGGCACCCAUGAGUACUUGGCACCUGAGAUCAUAAAGGGCGAGGGACAUGGGAGUGCUGUGGACUGGUGGACUUUUGGCAUAUUCUUGUAUGAACUUCUUUUCGGCAAGACUCCAUUCAAAGGUUCGGGAAACAGGGCAACACUAUUCAAUGUCGUUGGACAGCCCCUUAGGUUCCCAGAAUCACCUGUUGUGGGUUUUGCUGCAAGGGAUCUUAUAAGGGGAUUACUCAUUAAGGAGCCACAGCAUCGAUUGGCGUAUAAGCGUGGAGCCACCGAAAUAAAGCAGCACCCGUUCUUUGAAGGUGUUAACUGGGCAUUGAUAAGGUGUGCUACUCCUCCAGAUAUCCCCAAGCCAGUUGAGAUCCCUCGGCCGGUAGCCUCCACAAGUCAAAAGGCAACACCAUCAGCCGACAAGGGUUCAGAUAACUAUCUUGAAUUCGAUUUCUUUUAGUGCAAUCUUCUAAGAUCGUCUUAUGUGCAGUCUGUAAAGUUUUUCUCUUUGCAAGACAUUUUCUGGAUCCUAAUAACUUGAUUUGUAGAUGGCAUAUUAUUGCUGUUCUUAAGUCUUCCAUUUGCAGUUCAUUUCAUCUCCAUUCAUCACAUUGGAUGGGAGCAUCUACCAGGUCGAAGUUGUAAUCCUUCAUCAAUUACUGAGAAGUAGGCUCUCUUCAAUAACAAAUAAAUAUUUUUGGUUCCAUCUGCAA